GCCGGAAGCGCCCGUGUGUGCGGGCCCAAGAUGGCGGCGGGGAUGUACCUGGAGCACUACCUGGAUAAGAUUCUCUUUCAUAUGGUUUACUGGCUGGAUCUGCUCAGGGAAUGAAUGAGGAGUGUGUGAUGAAAGAGGGCAGUUGUUUGUAGGACCUCUUCAUAUCCUUGAAGAAAGGAAGGUAUAUAAUGAAUUAAGUGAAGAUUGUAGGAAGAAAAAAAGGUGGUCUCAUGGUUGAGGCAGUUGAAUACCACUCUGACAAAGCCACCAGUCAGGACCUGUUCCAGGAGCAGACACUAGGACAUAUCUGCCUCAGUGAAGAGGAUGAUGGAGACAACAGACUUAGAUGAGGAGUCCUCAGCUGGUAUUGAGAACCUGCCAUUUGAAUUGCAGAGAAACUUCCAGCUCAUGCGAGACCUGGAUCAGAGAACAGAAGACCUCAAGUCGGAGAUCGAUAAGUUGGCCACAGAGUAUAUCAGCAAUGCACGGACUUUGUCUUCGGAGGAAAAACUGGGGCUUCUCAAGCAAAUCCAGGAGGCCUAUGGGAAAUGCAAGGAGUUUGGGGACGACAAGGUUCAGCUGGCUAUGCAGACCUAUGAGAUGGUGGAUAAGCACAUCCGUCGGCUGGACACAGACCUCGCUCGCUUUGAAGCAGACCUGAAGGAGAAGCAGAUAGAGUCGAGUGACUAUGACAGUUCUUCCAGCAAGGGCAAGAAGAAGGGCCGAGCCCAAAAAGAGAAGAAAGCUGCCCGUGCUCGCUCUAAAGGGAAAAACUCUGAUGAGGAAGCACCAAAAGCUGCCCAAAAGAAACUGAAGCUUGUCCGCACUAGCACAGAGUAUGGGAUGCCUUCAGUCACCUUUGGAAAUGUGCACCCUUCGGAUGUACUGGAUAUGCCGGUUGACCCCAAUGAGCCUACUUACUGCCUCUGCCACCAGGUCUCCUAUGGGGAGAUGAUUGGCUGCGACAACCCAGAUUGUUCCAUUGAAUGGUUUCAUUUUGCUUGUGUGGGUCUGACAACAAAACCAAGAGGAAAAUGGUUCUGCCCUCGCUGUUCCCAGGAGAGGAAGAAGAAGUAAAAUCCCAUGAGCCCUCAGUCCUGCUGCAGGAGCUUUCUUCCCCCUGUCAGGGCCUCGUCCCAGCUCCCCCAGCCCUUGAGGCCUUGGCUGGGGGGAGUCUUGCCCUGUUUGUGGUUUGGGCCCUUCCUGGAAUGGUGUGUACCCUCGCGGUGGCUUCUGUGUUCUGUAUCCCUGGGUGCUUCCGAAUCCUUAAGAGGGGUCUUCUCUGUGUACUAUUCCAAACAGGUCUCUGAGCCUCAAAGGGAAUGAAUGAGGGCACCAGGGUAGCCACCAGAUUCCCAGGGAUUCAGGUAGCCCCUGAUUUUCCUUGGCUUUCCUUCAGCCUCCUCAGAGUUCAUUGCCUACUCUCUGCUUAGAGAACAAGGCUAUGGGAUGGGGGAAGGAAAGGAGGUAAGUCUUCAGCAUUUUAGGUCUUUGAUUUUCCUGGAUUUUUUUUUUCAGGAGAGAGGGAGUAACCAGGCCACUUCUUAAUCUAGUGGGCUGGUUGAGAGAAUGCAAACCUAAUGUACUCCCUAUCUUUAACCAUUCCACUACUGGCAUUGAGCAGCCUCUUUUGUUGGGGAGAGGAGGAAAGAAAGUGUUUAGAACUAGUUUUGUCUCUCUUAUUCCUGGGGUAAAACCUGCGGGUCUGGGAAUCACAUUAUGUGAAGAAGGAAGAAUUUCUGACCACACAGGGAGAAACGGCUUGAUCUAGCCUGUCUUCCAGCUCCAAAAUUCUGCCUUCCUUAUUGUGCAGUGGUGCUUCUCCAUUAUGUUGAUGAUGGGAAGUUUAGGGAUUCAGAUCCCACUUGUAUAAUACAGAGUUAAAUAAAGUUCAUUGAAACAAAUACUCUUGUUUGCCUUGCUGUCACCUCCAAAAUAAACUGCAGCAAUU